UAAGAGUUAUCGCAUGACCGUUAAGGAAAUCAUUUAUAGAUACAGACGGCGCGAUGGAAAGACGAAAGUUGUGUUUGAUCGCUUGGACCAUCGCAGCAGGUAUUGUAACAGGUGCUCUGUCCGGCUGUGACAGUCAGUGUGUUGCAAACUCAAGGCCUGCACACCUCAUCGCCAACCAGAACAAAACUUUGUCCUUCACUGUCCAGUCCUUGGCAAACACUGUAAGAUGUGAGUGGCUCAUCAGCUCCAACACCGUCAACACCAGACUGCGCUUGACGGCCAUCUUCAAUCUCAGGUCACACGACUGGUCCUGCGUGGACAACUUCACAGUCUACGAUGGAAACGCUUCCUCUUCCCCCAUCCUGCUAUCGACCUGCUCCAGACCUGACUUUCCCAUCUACAGCAGCGGAAGUGACGUGUUGGUCUCUUUCACUACCGGAAGCCCUUACUCCGGCGAAAGAAGCAACUUAACUGUCAUUUACGAAGUGUUUCGACCCAGCGUUGCAGAUGCCACUAUAACUGACUCGGUGAAUGUUACUACCACUACACUAUAUUUCCUUAAGUAUCCCGAAGGAUCGACUCUGUAUCCCAACAACGCCAACCGUUCCUGGGUCUUUCACACCAACGACUCCCAGUAUGUUGUGCACAUAACUUUUACAAACAUUGAUGUUGAACCUUCUUCCGGCGGCUGUGAUUAUGAUUAUAUUGAGAUAUUUGACAGUUCAAUGGAAGCCAACAGACUGGACAGACUGUGUGGCCACCUGACCAGACGGCAGUACUACAGUACAGGCCAGUCUCUCUACAUCACCUUUCACAGCGAUGACUCUGUAACUAGAACAGGUUUCAACCUGACUUACACGGCAGCACGUCGAUCUUUUAUUUACCCAGCCACUACCUGCCUUUACGAUAUUGUACUGACUGGUGCCGACCAAAGUCAGCGAUACUUACAGUACCCAGGAAACAGCCGCACUUAUUCAAACAACCUUGAUUGUUACUGGCUCCUCCAUACUAGCAGUUACGACUAUGUUGUGCACGUGACUUUCACGUUUGUUAGCACAGAGUCUAACACUGACUGUUCCUACGACUUCGUUGAGGUCUUUGACGGGACAUAUUCACAAAAGAGAAAGGUUUUCAAACUUUGUGGGCAGCUGGGUGAACAGCGUGAGUUCUAUAGCUCUGGUCAGUACCUGCUCAUCCAUUUUCACAGUGAUGUAUUCGGAACAGGUCAAGGCUUCCGACUGACCUACACGUCAGCUCGCCGUUCAGCAUCACCGCAAGACUCAUACGGGGCGUGUCUACAAGGAGGUCAUCUUCCAGUGAACUACAGCACACAGUAUCUAAUAUAUCCUCCCAGCCCCAUGCUGUAUAACAUCAAUGUUAACUGUAACUGGCUCCUUCAGACAAGUUACUAUGACGACGUCGUGCACGUGACUUUCACGUUUGUCGACAUGGAAGCUGACGCCGAUUGUUCCUACGACUACGUGCAACUAUUUGAUGGGUCCAGCCUAUUUGCACCCAGCCUGGGCAAGGUGUGCCAGUUUACAUCACGUGACUUCUACAGCUCGGGGUCCUCUAUGUACAUCAAGUUUGUCAGCGACAGCUCAACAACAGGAGGAGGAUUCGAAAUCACCUACCAAGCUGUCUCUCGUUAUAGCUUGCCUACAACUACAGUUACACCGACUACCUGCUCCCUCUACCCAACGUCACAGACAGCAACCAGUUACACUGAAAAGUAUGUGCAGUACCCGACUACCUCGUCAAACUACACCAACAACGCCGACUGCGGCUGGCUCAUCACAGCUGCGAACUACGAUUAUGUUGUGCACGUGACUUUCACUUUUGUGGACACAGAGUAUGACAGUGAUUGUGACAACGACUACAUCGAAGUCCUCGACGGUUCUAGUAGCUACUCUGCCAGCCUGGGCAAGCUGUGCGGGACUGAGUCACGUGACUUUUACAGCACGGGGCAGUCUGUGUACAUCAAGUUCACAGUGAUGCAGUACAACAGGAAGUGGCUUCAAACCUCACCUACACAGCUUGGCUAG